CAUUUGAUAAGGGCACUCCCUAUAUAUACACAAACUCUAAAACCUUGUCUCUCACUCACCUUUUCCUCAGUUACCCUCACUUUGUUGGCGUCUGUUAACAAUAUUGAUACUGUCUCCAAACACACUCACAAACACAAGCCCAUUACAUCACUUCACUGUCAAAACCCUAAUCUUUCACCAUUCUUCUGCUGCUACACCGACCCAACUCUUUCUCUCGUUCAAACUUCUCAAAAGGAACCUUUUUUACCAUACCCACUUGAGAUUUUCUUCUCUUCAGUGUUGUGCUGCUCAGUAUCGUUGAUUCAGUAGGCAAGUGAAGGUUCAAUUUUCUUGUCGUGUUUUUGCGUUUUUGGUGAAUCUCUGAGUACCCUUUAGAUUGGUAGUUUGGAGUGUUGUGUUUUUUUUCUUGUUUUUGCAAGAGGGGUUUAGAGGGGGAAAUCUUGGGAGUUGGGUGGAUUGGUGAGAGAAAAAGCAGUUAUGGUGACUGCUGAGAAUGAGAUUGGUGAGGAUCAGAAGGAGAUUGGUGUCCCCAAGUCUCCAUGGAAGACCCCUAAUGUUGAUGGGAAGGGAGGUGAUGUGCCUGUGAUGAUGGGCACUGAGUCUUGGCCAGCUCUCUCUGAUGCACAAAAACCCAAGAAUGUUGAGACUGCUGCUGCUUCUGUGUCAAGUGCUGGUGAGGUUGCUCAAAGACCUCCCUCUAUGCAGAAGGUGAAUGGUUCUGGAAACCCUAACCCAAUGCAUAAGUUGCCAUCGUCACGCCAUCAAAAGUCGGGUGCUAAGCGCAACUCAAGUGGUGCACCUCCCUUUCCUGUACCAAUGGCUUAUCAUCAUCAUCCAGUUCAUCCAUUUUAUCACGCUAUGGUACCUCCUCCUCACAUUGCUGUUCAUGGUUAUGCUUUCCCACCUGGUCCAGGACCUUUUCCAGGUGUAGAAAGCCCUUUAGUGAAGCCUGUAUCUCAGGCGCCAGCACAAGCCUUUGCUCCACCUGCUCAUGCUGUCGAUGCAAAAAAUGUUCAGCCUCCUGUGCAAGGGGAUCCAAAUGCCUAUGCUGCUAAUUUUUCUAAUGGAAGACCAAAUAUCCAAGAACAAGGUGACCAUCUAAAUCAUGGUUGGCAUCAUCAAAGACCUUUCCCUUCCAGAGCAAACAUUCCUAUGCAACAAGGUUUUGGCCCAAGACCCUUUAUAAGACCUCCAUUUUAUGGUCCACCUCCAGGAUACAUGGUUGGUCCAAGCUACCCAGGACCUGCACCUGUUUGGUGUGUCCCUAUGCCACCUCCCGGCUCCAUUAGAGGACCCCAUCCUCGACACUUUGUUCCAUAUCCUGUCAACCCUACACCUCAGCCACCGCCUCCGGAAACUGCAUCUUUGAGGGCUAGUAUUGUUAAACAGAUAGACUAUUAUUUUAGUGAUGAAAAUCUGGAGGAUGACCAUUACCUUAUUUCCUUGAUGGAUGACCAAGGAUGGGUUCCCAUAUCCACUGUUGCCGAUUUUAAAAGGGUCAAGAGGAUGUGCAGAGACAUACCUUUCAUUCUUGACGCACUUCAGAGCUCUAAUACUGUGGAAGUCCAGGGUGACUUAAUAAGGAAACGCAGUAAUUGGUCAAAAUGGAUUCAAGUUUCCUCAGGAAACUCAGGAUCAUCAAAUGCUCAGAUUCAACAGAGCCAACUUGUAGAGGGUCCUGACAAUUCUCUUGAGGAUGGUGAUGCUGUUGGGGAUUCAAAAAAAGAGACUUUGGAAGCGAAUCUUAAAGAUGCUGCUCAUAGUUCAAUUUUGGCUGAGCAUACUCAGCCAAAAAAAGAUAUGUUGCAAGUUUCACAUAUGAACCGAGAACAAAACACUGAGAGCCAUCAUUCCAAUGAUAAACCACAUGCAAUAACUGGUGAAACUGUCAAGUUCCGUGAUUUUGAUACAACUAAUAGUAAUUUAUGUAGCCAACAAGAAACUGAGCCUAAAAUAUUUGACAAUAAUGAGGCUGGAAACAUGGAUGUAUUGACUGACAUGGAUGUCCGAGACCUUUCCAAUGAUUUUGGCAAUACUUUUAUGCUUGAUGAAGAGAUUGAGCUUGAGCAGAAGAUUCUAAGGAAGACAGAGCUUUCUUCUAGUGCAAGGAUUGAUGAUGAAGAUGAUGAGAUGGCUGUCAUUGAACAGGAUGUUCAGAGACUAGUAAUUGUUACCCAGAAUAGUGAUCCUAAACAAGGAUCUAGAAUUGGUGCUAAAGAAUCAAAAUCCAUUUCCAACGAGCUUGCUUCUGCAAUAAAUGAUGGGCUUUACUUCUACGAGCAGGAACUGAAACAUAGGCGGUCUAAUCGUAGAAAGAAUAACUCUGAUAGUAGAGAUCGAAACAUAAAAUCCCCAAGCCAUAAUUCUGGUGUAUCAAAUAUAAAGGUGGUUGAGAGUAAUGGUGGAACCAGCUUUGAAGAAUCUGGAAUCAAUAAUUCUCGAAGGAAACAAAAAGUCUUUCACAAGCAACCAUCUUCCCUAAAACAGCGGUUUUUCUCAAGUAAUUUUAGAAACCACGGAACUGGACGUAACUCUCAUGGAAUCAUAUCUGAAAGCCCGCCUAGUAAUUCGGUUGGGUUUUUCUUUGCUUCUACACCUCCUGAAAAUCAUGGUUUCAAGCCUUCAAAAUUGAGUAGUUCACCUCAUGGGGGUCUUUCUGGUAGUUCACCACAUGCCGGUCUUUACGGUAGUUCACCACAUGGGGGUCUAUCUGGUAGUCCACCUGUGGGUUCCUUGCCAAAGUCUUUUCCACCGUUUCAGCACCCAAGUCACCAACUUUUAGAAGAAAAUGGUUUCAAACAACAGAAGUACUUAAAGUAUCAUAAACGGUGCUUGAAUGAUAGAAAGAAGCUUGGAAUUGGUUGCAGCGAGGAAAUGAAUACAUUAUACAGAUUCUGGUCCUAUUUUCUUCGAGACAUGUUUGUGCCUUCUAUGUAUAAUGAAUUUAAGAAAUUAGCCAAGGAAGAUGCUGCAGCUAAUUAUAAUUAUGGCAUAGAGUGCCUCUUUAGAUUCUACAGUUAUGGAUUGGAGAAAGAAUUUAGAGACGAUUUAUACAAGGAUUUUGAACAACUUACUCUGGAUUUCUACCAUAAGGGCAAUCUAUAUGGCCUAGAAAAAUAUUGGGCAUUUCAUCACUAUCGCAGGAUCCGCGACCAUAAAGAGCCCUUGAAUAAACACCCUGAACUGGACAGGUUGCUCCGAGAAGAGUAUCGUAGUUUGGAGGAUUUCCGUGCCAAAGAAAAUAACGCUGUGAAAGAAGACCUUAAUUAGGUUGAUGACUGAUAAAACACCUUAAUGGUAAAUACACAUGGCACAGAGUUUUGAUGGUUGCAUCUUCAAUUUUGAUGAGAAGUCUAACAACAUAACAAUAUGAGUUGUGGAGUAGCGGCCUGCUUUUCGGUUUGAAUGGAAAGUGGAAGAUUGUUUGUUUGUUAUAUAUUUGGUUGGUUGGUUGAAUUGAUUAUGCCUCUUGAGAGGAUUGCUGAUUGACAAGCCUUUUCAGGUUUCUUUGAUGGAUCAUUCUAUAUAUUAUACUCACUGCAUCCUUUCUUUGGUGGAUCUUGCAGACUUUAGGGGACACCUUUUCUUGUCUCCAAAUGUUGUACAUAAGAUGAUAGACUAGAAGUUGUGACAUUGUUACAGCAUAAGAGAAAGAGGUUCUUGUUUUUAUUGGUGGGGGGGUGAAAAGGGAGGAAAGGAUUGUACCUUAUAUCUUGCAAAAUUUGAACAAUAAGAGUGAGAUUCUUCUUACUUUUUUACUUGGUGUGCUCAUUUGGUUUAUCUGCAACAUUUCUUGCCUCACCAAAUUUGUAUGGUUGAAAAAGGAAAAUGUUUUUGGUAACACUAACAUGGGACAGUGUCUAUUUGAUUU